UCUCUUUUAAUGUUAACAUAAAUGUAAAAUAAUAUGUGAAAGCGGCCCGAUCGAUAUUAGAAAUAUUAAAACCUGUCCUCGAAAUUACCGGUAUGCGUGUGAAGCGAGACCUCUAGAAAGAUACUUAAAUAAUUGCAUAAAGCCACUGUGUAUGCACGACGGUUGACAGCAGAUAUCUCAACCUUUAGAUAAACGACAUGAAUACCAGUUAACGGAACGUGAAUUAAAUUUCAAAUCGAAACUUAAUAAAUAUCGAAGCUAAAAAAUUAAACGAUGCACGUAUAUAAAAGUUAAAUUCUAACAUAAUAGACGAAGCUGUAAACAAGAUGGGAUUAUCUGUGCAAUUAAUUUUGCUGCUGGGAAGUUGUUCCGUCACCAUGCAACAGCCGACUUUAUUCAGAAACACGUACAAAGGUCUUCGCGGAAUUGUUCCGAAGGCUAGACUUCCCGACGACGAAAUGCGGGCGGCUUAUUUUCACGAUCAAACCGUCGCCGUAAUCGAUCUCAGCAACACCAAUCAGCUGGAAAAUUGCAACAUCGUCGAGGUCUAUGAACCUUCCGAAGUUAUGGAAGUUUUGAAGAAUUUAUCGACUGAAAUUAAACCACAAGAAGUAUCUUUCAAUGAAAUGACGACACUUAUGCGUCAAUGCGAACUUUUAGAAGAGAUGCAAGAAGAUGCAAUAUCCACAUUACCGAUUGACGCAACCAACAGAUCGAAUAAACCCAGCAUUAAUCCCCUCAGUUUGCUUUUUGGUAUUCUACCUGGAACAAAAUGGUGUGGCACAGGAGAUAUCGCUGAUAACUAUCAUGAUUUGGGACGUGAGGCUCAAAUAGAUAGGUGCUGCCGAAGCCAUGACCUUUGCCCAGUAAAAGUCAGAGCACAAAAAAGUAGAUAUAAUCUGACCAAUAAUUCUAUUUAUACUAAGUCCCAUUGCGUUUGCGACGAGAUGCUGUAUCGAUGUUUAAAGAAAUCUUAUCAUCCAACGGCCGAUGUUAUGGGACGUAUUUAUUUCAAUUUUUUAAGAGUACCUUGCUUAGAAGAUGUGCCAAGCAGCCCGCAAGGGUCUGAAAGAAGAUUCAGAGAUGUGAAAAUGGAUUACUGAGCUGAGGACCAUAUUAUUAAAGCUUGAUUGCCAUCUGCAACUAAAAGGUAAGAAAAAAAACAAUUAUGCCAAGUGUGAAAUGUUAGUGCGAUCGUUGAAGGUGAAAUAAAAAAUCCCAUCAUGUGUUUAGAAUUAACUAAUGAAUAAUAGAAUUUAAGAAAUUCAGAAAUUUAUGGCUGUCGUAAAAAAAAAAUACUACACAUUUACCUACAAAUACAUGAACCGGUGAACUCUCUCUCUAUAUAUAUAUAUAUAUAUAUAGAGAAAGAUUGAGCACAAAUAUAAUUUAUAAGUGUUAUUUAAGAAGUAAUUUGUUGUUCAAUGAGUCAAGUACCAGUUUUUUCAAAUAUGUUGUAUUGAAUUAUAAAAAAGUAAAU